CAAUCUGUCAUUACAUGUACUGUCAAUUUAUACAAAACUUUUUAUUUAAUUGAAAUGUUUUCUAAAAUUUUCACAAGACUACAGCCCAUAAUAUCAGCCCACCUGAGACCCACAACCAGAACAAUUCUAACAACAGCAACCCGCAGUGAAAUAAAAACAGUCAAGGUCCCGGAGAUGGCCGAAUCCGUCGCAGAAGGGGACGUGAAACUGAUAAAGAAAGUGGGCGACCACGUGGCCCAAGACGAAGUGGUGAUGGAAAUCGAAACGGACAAAACGUCGGUGCAGGUGCCGGCACCGGGCCACGGCAUAAUCAAAGAACUUCUCGUCACAGACGGCCAGACCAUCAAACCGGGAGCUGAAGUCUUCACAAUCGACAUAACGGGAGUGCCACCAGCGAAAGACCAACAAGCACCGUCGCCCGGUGCCCCCGCUCCUGCGGCCGCAGCACCCGCUCCGCAAACGAAACCUGCGGCUCCUCUUCCCGCCAUGCCUACGCCUUCCAUUCCGACCGGAGCCAGGAACGACCAAAGGGUGAAGAUGAGCAAGAUGAGGCAGAAAAUUGCGCAGAGGCUUAAGGAGUCGCAGAACACGACCGCCAUGCUUACCACGUUCAACGAGCUCGACAUGACGAACAUCAUACAGUUUAGGAAGGAGGUUCAGGACGAGUUUCAGAAGAAGUACAAGAUCAAACUUGGGUUCAUGUCUGCGUUUAUGAAGGCGUCAGCUUAUGCACUGUUAGAUUUGCCCUCUGUUAAUGCGGUUAUCGAAGGCAAUGAAGUCGUUUACAGGGAUUACGUUGAUAUUUCGGUGGCGGUUGCUACUCCGAAAGGUUUGGUUGUUCCUGUUGUGAAGAACGUCCACGUCAUGAAUUUUGCUGAGAUUGAAAUUGCUCUGGCACUUAUGGGAGAUAAGGCUAGGAAAGGUUUGAUCGAGAACAAGGACAUGGAAGGGGGAACUUUUACUGUCAGCAAUGGAGGAGUGUUCGGUUCAAUGAUGAGCACUCCUAUCAUCAAUAUGCCUCAGUCAGCUAUUUUGGGAAUGCAUGCCACUUUUGAUAGACCAAUGGCUAUUAAUAAAAAAGUAGAAAUAAGACCUAUGAUGUAUAUUGCCUUGAGUUACGACCACAGAAUUGUGGAUGGACGAGAAGCUGUGUACUUCUUAAAGAAGAUAAAGAGUUGUGUUGAAGAUCCCAGAAUGAUGUUAGCCGGACUAUAAGUGUGGGUUGGGUAGAAAUCAAUUAAGAAGCUGUUAAAUUUAUAUUUAUAUAGAUUAGUGUAAAACACCCUGUUUUAUAGAAUAUAAAUAUAAUUUAUUGCUAAUGUU